UGUAGAGGAUUAGUGGGUUGCGUGUAAAUUGGAAAGAAGUCCAAUUGACUCAAUUUGGAUCUUGUUGAAUACAGUUGCUGUUCCAAUUAUCUAUUUAUUGCAUGCUACAUCCUCCAUCUUUGCAAGGCAGCUUUCUCUGCAUUCUAGUGUCUCUCAUAUAUUCUAGUCCAUUUCACCAUGAUGCUUAUCAGUAGAAUUAUGUUUUCAGUUGCAUUUCUAUCUGUGUUUCUUCUGAUAUGCAAGGAGGUAUCAGGAGUAUCACAUCCUUCACAGUAUAGUACUGUGAAAUUCAAUGAGGGUUUCAACAAUCUUUGGGGUCCUCAGCAUGAAACAGUGUCACAGGACCAAUCUCAGAUUACUAUCUGGCUUGACAGGCAGUCAGGAAGUGGGUUCAAGUCUUUAAGGGCAUACAAGUCAGGCUACUUUAGUGCAGCCAUUAAACUGCAGCCUGGGUACACUGCAGGAACUAACACUGCAUUCUAUUUGUCAAACAACCAAGUUCAUCCAGAUGGACACGAUGAGGUAGACAUAGAAUUUUUGGGAACUAUACCAGGUAGACCAUACACUCUUCAAACCAAUAUAUAUGUAAAUUCGGGCAAUGGUGGAAAUGGAAGAAUUGUCACAGGGAGGGAGCAACAAAUUCACUUGUGGUUUGAUCCCACUCAAGAUUUUCAUCGCUAUAGUAUUCUUUGGACUCCAUCUCGCAUUGUAUUUUUGGUGGAUAACACCCCCAUAAGAAAGUAUAUAAGAACUAGUUCCUCCACCUUCCCAGCUAGACCCAUGUGGGUGUAUGGAUCAAUAUGGGAUGCCUCCUCUUGGGCUACAGAGAAUGGAAAAUACAAGGUGGACUAUAGAUAUGAGCCUUUUGUUGCAAAGUAUAAAGAUUUUGUUCUCAUUGAUUGUUCCGACAACAAGGCGAGUGCAUGCUAUGGAAGAGGAUGAGACCCAUGAAUUUAUGAGCAUAAUUAUGUCUUACUGGUAGUAACUAUUAUAAUCAUGCACAUCACCAUGUGUACUAUAAUGUGUCCAUAUAAGAAAGAAUUAUUAGCUCAUAUGUUGGAAACUAUGUAAAUGUAAUAUUCUUGCUAGUUAGGAAUACCAACAUGAUAUUAGCUUCAAUCUGAGGAAGGAGAGAGAAGUUUCUGUUUGAUGCUCCUCCCUUCCUUUGACUUUCUAAGGUAUAUGAUUUGAGAUUUUAUAAUUUUCUUUGUUACUAACCUCCGCAACCUUGUUGGUUGAUGCGAGGAUGACAAGUAGUAGUCAUGUGUCAAAAGAAUGGUGUUAUCAACCUCUAAAUAAAAUAAGAUUACAUAAAACUUAUUUGUAAUCAUUUCUCAA